AUGGAGCCAAAUCAACGCUCGGCUAAACGUGAACUAGUAGCUUAUGUUCAUAACGUGUCACCCGUGAAGACAAGUGGUGGAAAAAAGAAAUCCUACUUUGACAUGCAGCUCCAAACGGAGAAUGACGUCGUUCGUGGAGUUUGUUUUGCCUCUACAAGGCAUGCAGAUUUUUCGACUGUUGCAGAAAAGAAAAGUCCAGUGAAACUCUUGAACAUCGACUUUGACAAGCAUGACCACACUAGCGUCUUAAUGGGAGGCACUGUACAACUGCACGAAGUAAAGGCGUCUUUUGCUGCGACAACUAUUCCCACUUCAGUCAACGUUUCAUCACUCGCUGCUGUCAAUGAUAAACAAAUCGUCAGUUUCAAAGCAAAAGUAGCAACUCUAUCGGGAACCAAACGUGUUGACACGAGAAAUGGUGUAAAGCGCAAGGCAGAAGCAUUACUGGUCGACCCACAUGGAGGAGUAAAGUUAGUCCUUUGGGAAGACUUCAUAUUGCAAGUGAAAGAAGGGUUAACCUACACUUUUACAAAUGUUAGGGUACGAAAAAACAACACUAACGCCAGUGUAUCUGUAUCAACACCAAAUUCAAGUGAUUGCACAAUUGAAGAGUGCAAACCAUUCACUGAACCCCUGGCCACACCCGCUGAAUUGCCUGAAACAUUUACAUCAAACGGUAAAAGCUGA